AUGCCCCCUGCUGCACCAUCACCGUUCCACACCCUUCGCACCCACUCAUCCCCUCUCGCUACUCUCCACUUCUCCACCUCUCCAUCGAAUGGCCUAUUGUACUCUGGGGAUCAGGAGGGCUGGAUAUCAGUCUUGGAUCUCAGGGUGCGGCGGGUGGUGGCUUUCUGGAAGGCACAUGAAGGAGGCGUGCUUGGGCUGGGAGAGUGGGAGGGUGGUGUAGUCAGCCAUGGCCGGGACAACAUCAUUCUUUUUCAUGAGCCUCUCAAAAGACCGUACAUUGCCAUUCCCACUUCCACAAACCUAGAUCCAACAGCAUACGGGCCCAAGAUUACAAAUGCGCUACCUACAAAUGCUCUCAACUUCUGCCGCUUCUCUUUGAUCCAGCUGUCGCGGAAUGGGACGGAAGGCAGCAAAGGAAAAGGGAAAGAGUCUGAGGGGCUUAUGGCUGUACCCAGUCUGAUCGAUUCUGAGCUCGUAGACAUAUAUCACGUUCCCUCGCUAAAGCGGCUACACGCUUCCAUAAACCUCCAUUCUCAGCCCGCUCCGCCGCCCUCUGGCGUCGACCUUCCAGGGACAUCCAAAAGCGGACUGGUCAUGUCGCUCAAUCUGUUCCUUCCGAACCCAUCUUCUAUAUCUACUGAGGAGCAGGUAGGCUUGAUGAUAACCUACGAGUCCGGCCACUCCGCCAUCCUCUCGACACCCGCUUCUUCUCUGUCCGAGGUCUACGACGCAAGAAUGUCGAAACGACCCAAUCCUUGGGAUUGUAGAUGGAUGGGGAAGGGGCAUAAUGAGGCUAUCAUGGCUGGGACCUGUGAUAGUCGGGGGAGGAGGGGGUGGACUGUUAGUGCAGAUCAUCGGUUGGUGAGGUAUGAAUUUGAUCAAGUAUGGGACGGCAUACUAAGAAAGGACAAUGAGGACGUGGUGAAGCCUUAUGCUACCAAACAGAUCGGGAACUCUUCAAUAGCCGUCUCUGGGGAUGAUAGAGUCGUAGCAGUGGGCGGCUGGGAUGGCAAGUGAGCAUCUCUUCAUCAAUCAGCCUCUGUAAUUGUGCUCACUAUGUUUGAAGGGUACGGCUGUUUUCCGCAGCGACGUCGAAGCCUCUCGGAACCCUUUCUUCCCAUAGGGACAGCGUAUACGCCCUCGCCUUCGCCCAUCGGCCCUCAUCGUCUCCUAUCCCUCUGCUAUCCGAACAGGAUAACCUGACACAAACAGCAGAAUCAACUAUCGUCCCCUUGUCCGUCGACGCCAGCGACGAAGACGAUGAUGAUUUGGAUGAAGAUAUGGACGGUGUGCCGCCUAAGGAAAGAUGGAUGGCGAGCGGAGGAAAAGACGGGAAGGUUGCGCUGUGGGGGCUGAUGGAUUUUGGCAAGGCCAGUGCUGGGGCAUGACCAAAUUCGCGGUAUAACGA